ACGUUGUUUAGAUUUAUUAGCAAUAGUAUUCAAUAUAUCAAAUUCAAUAUUUUCUAUAAAUAUUGUCGUAAUAUAGUCCCAGACACGGGAAACAGUGAAAAAUCGCUCAAGAAAAUUUGAAUCGAUUGUCUUGCCCGCACCGGACUUCCGGCGACUCCAACACACGUUGUCUCUAGCCCGAGGGAAUAGAGAUCGACGCAGCGUUUCUUUCUUUUCUGAACAGGCGCAGUCCGAGAGAACUCGCAAAAGGAGUAAAAGGCUCCUACAUAACCUGUCACUACCAAUAUAUUGUAUGAGUCAGAAGGUAGAAAAACCAGUAUUAUCGGGUCAACGGAUCAAGACCAGAAAAAGAGAUGAGAAAGAGAAAUAUGACCCGAACGGGUUCCGCGACGCGCUCGUGCAGGGGCUCGAGCGCGCCGGCGGCGACCUGGACGCGGCGUACAAGUUCCUAGACGCCGCCGGCUCCAAGCUGGACUACCGACGCUAUGGAGAGGUCAUCUUCGACGUGCUCAUCGCCGGGGGCCUCCUGUUGCCCGGCGGUUCCGUGUCGAUGGAUGGGGAGUCCCCUAAGACUAACACCUGCAUAUUCGCCGCCAGUGAAGAUAUGGAGACGAUGCGCAACUUUGAACAGGUAUUUGUGAAGCUGAUGCGCCGAUACAAAUACCUGGAGAAGAUGUUCGAAGAAGAAAUGAAGAAGGUGCUCGUAUAUCUGAAAGGUUUCGAGCCGCAGCAGCGCAUCAAGCUAGCUCGAAUGACUGCCCUAUGGAUCGGUAACGGCUGCGUGCCGCCGGGCGUGCUGCUGGUGCUGGUGAACGAGCACUUGCUGAAGGACAACUUGGCUCUUGACUUCGUGCUGGAGGUAUUCGCCACCGUCAAGGCGGAGCGCGGCGUGGCGUCCCUCGUCACCGCGCUCAAGAAGGGCCAGCUGGAGGGCAGGCUGCUGGAGUUCCUGCCUUUGAACCGUCGCAGCGAGGACGUGCUGGCGGCAUCCUUCGAGUCGCGCGGCCUGGCCGAGCUGCUGCGCCUGCACCGCGCGCAGGCCUCGCAGGAGGCGCGGCGGGAGCUGACGCAGGCGCUGCUGGACGAGCUGGCGGACGAGAAACCGGUGCGCGACCUCAUCCAGGAACUGCGCGACAUGGCGCUCAAGCACCACAUACCCGAGCACGAGGUCGUCGCCAUCGUGAGUACACACUAUCAUCAUCUAAAUAUAUAA